AUGUCAUCCAUCCUCCGCCAGAUCGUCGCCGGGCCCAGACUGCAGCACCCGGAGGCGGGGCUAGAUCUCUGCUAUGUGACCAACAAUGUGAUCGCCACGUCUGGCCCGUCGGCGACCUAUCCGCAGCGCGCAUACCGCAACCCGCUCGACGCUCUCGUCAGCUUCCUCGACUCGAAACAUGGCACGAACUGGUGCAUCUGGGAAUUCCGCGCCGAGGGUACCGGGUACCCGGACUCGGAGGUGUAUGGGCGGAUUCACCACUUCCCCUGGCCGGACCACCACCCGCCGCCGUUUGCGCUGAUCCCGAAUAUCAUGGCGAGUAUGCGGAACUGGCUUCAGCGAGAGGGCAAAAAAACGACAGACCCCGCUGAUCAGGGGGAGAGGAUGGUCGUCGUGCACUGCAAGGCCGGCAAAGGCCGCAGCGGCACCGUGGCAUGCGCGUACCUGAUUAGCCAGGAAGGGUGGAAGAAGGUUGAUGCCUUGCAGCGGUUUACGGAGCGGCGCAUGCGCGUCGGGUUCGGCACUGGCGUCAGCAUCCCGAGUCAGCUGCGGUACGUCGAUUACAUUGAUCUGUGGGCGAACCAGAUGCGCAAGGAGUACGUCGAGAGGCCAGUCGAGAUCCUGGAAGUCCAUAUCUGGGGUCUGAGGGAUGGCGUCAAGGUCGCCGUCGAGGGGUUUGUCGAUGAAGGCAAGAAGAUCGAGUGUUUCUACCGGUUCCAUCGCCAUGAACGCAUUGUCGUCGAAAGCGGGAACACGACGCCCUCAGAACCGACAACCCCCAUCGACAACAACCGCCGCGCAAAACGCCCCGAGAGCUCGCUGCCCUCCUCCACUACAUGGUCCCCCGCCGGGUCACAGUCUGACGUCUCUACUGCACCUGAAUCGGAUUUGUCUCGGCGAGCAACAUUAUCCCCAACACACCGUCUCUCGGCCUCUAUUUUUCGGCCCAGCAAGCCCGUCGUCGUGCCUGGAUCCGACGUCAAUAUCGACUUCGAACGACGCAGCAAAGCCUCAUACACAGGGUUCGCCAUGGUGACCUCCGUCGCGCACGUCUGGUUCAACGCCUAUUUCGAAGGCGGCUCAGAGCACAACUCGGGUGUCUUCGAGACUGAAUGGGAUGCAAUGGACGGGAUCAAGGGCAGCACCAAGAAGGGCAUUCGCGCCCUGGAUCGACUCAAGGUCGUAUGGCGGUACCCGCCGCCGUCCAACAAGGAAGCAGAAGCUAAGGUCAAAGCCGCCGAGGGAAGACCCAUCAGUCAACCCAAGCCAGGCGACCCGGUCCCGGAAAGCCGCCCUGCCGACUGGCGCGGACCGCCGCAGCAACAAGAACCCACCAUCCCUCACACCACUACCGAUCCAGCUCCGGGCCAGGAAACCCAACCUCCAACCCAAGCUGCUCAGAAUGAGCCUGCACUUGCAGGCACCAGCCAUCUUGAUGGGAAAGCCCCCUCAGCGGCAGCGCACUUGGCAGAAAGGGAAUUGGGACUGCGUAAGCAAACCGAUGAAAGCAAGGACGUCAGUCUCGUGGGCAGCGAGGAUGAGACACAGACGGACGGCGAGGGGUGCGCGCGAAAGAUCGGGGCGGAGCAGCAGCAUGGGAAUGGUGAUAUCGAAGGGGUGAGGUCUUAUUUUGCGAAGAAUGGGAAUGGCGAUAAGGAAAAGGAACAUACUUCCAGUGCAGAUAGACAGAACCCGAAGUCGCAUAUAUAG